CCUAGGCUCAGUCAGCCAAGGCAUUGAUUAACACGAGGGUCAGAUUUUACUGGGAGGGUCCCUGAACCUCAACAGGGAACAGCCUGGUGAAGACAAGGCUGCACCUGGAUCAAGCCAUACCGGAAGGCAAAAUUCACAGGCUUUCCUUUUCAGUUCCUCAUGGCCGCACUCUGAAGGGGUGUCAGACCCCCACAGCCACAGCAGUGAGGACCCAGGAUUCUCUCCUCCUAGCAGACAACCUUUGCUCCAAAUGUGAGGAGUCGAGUUACCUUCCCCCACUGGCAAACAACCUCUGCAAGUUGGAGGAGGAAGUAUGGGAGGGUAAAAAGAUGGGGAGAUGUUUGCCCAUCGGCCGGCCUCCUGCUGAAGCGAUUGCGACACCGCGUUGGAAGGACACUUACUGGGCCAGGGCGCUGGGCGGUCCAGCCUCUCACCCAGGCCACGUGCUGUGACCUUCAGGCACUGGCCAGGGCCCCAGGCAGGAGGGAGAGGAAGGGUCCCGGUGGACCUGGCAGGUUUACGCACUCGGUCCCAGAAGGGCCGACACACUCAAAUCUGAAAGCGCAGAUCCCCAGGUCCCGAGCUGGGUCUCUGCCCACGGGAAAGGGAGGGGCGCGAGGCUCCUGCCCCAUAAAAAUAGCUCCCGGGGACUCGCCUGGGUCAGUGUCUGGACUCAUCGGCGUCCAAAUGCGCAGCUGUGCGUGCCCCGUGGCCCUGGUGCUCCUGGGGGCGGCUGUAUGUGCUGCCCAGCCCCAAGGCCGGAUCCUGGGUGGCCAGGAGGCCAAUGCUCAUUCCUAUCCCUACAUGGCUUCGGUGCAAGUGAACGGCACACACGUGUGCGGUGGCACCCUGGUGGAUGAGCAGUGGGUGCUGAGCGCCGCGCACUGCAUGGACGGAGUGACCGCGGAUGACAUCCUGCAAGUGCUCCUGGGUGCCCACUCCCUGUCGAAGCCUGAACCCUCCAAGCAGCUGCACGACGUGCAAAGCGUAGUGCGUCACCCGGGCAGUGGGCCCGACCGCAUCGUGCACGACAUUGCCCUCUUGAAACUGACCCAGAAUGCCUCGCUGGGCCCCCACGUGCAGCCCCUGCCCUUGCAAGAGGAAGACCGAGAGCUGGCCCCCGGAACGCUCUGCGAAGUGACCGGUUGGGGUGUGGUCAGCCACGCGGGGCGCAGGCCCGACGUCCUGCAGAAGCUGACAGUGCCGAUCAUGGACCGGGACACAUGCAAUCUGCGGAUGCAUCACGACGGGGCGGUCACCCAGGACAUGAUAUGUACAGAGAGCCACCGCAGGGACAGCUGCAGGGGCGACUCCGGAGGUCCUCUGGUGUGCGGGAACGUGGUCCAGGGUGUUGUGGCGUGGGGCUCGCGGGUCUGUGGAAACCGCAGGAAGCCGGGCGUCUAUACCACAGUGGCGUCUUACGUGGCCUGGAUCAGAAAUGUCACCAACGAUGACUUGAUGGGCUGAGGGGAUUCCCGGAGACACGUGUCUCACAAUAAAUGCAUGCAUCUGA